AUGGGCGCGGGCGUGGUUCUGCCUGGUGUGAUUGCGCAUGCUGGGUGGGAUGAUGCUGUGGGUGGGGUGCUGUAUGCGGGCUUUGCGCGCACCGUUGUGGGCUGGAUGUUGACGCUGUCGGUUAAUUCGCUGGGGCAUUCGCUGGGCACGCAGCCUUUUGUGGCCGGUGUUACGGCGACUGAUAAUCCGUGGCUGGCUGCGGUGACGCUUGGAGAGGGGUAUCAUAAUUACCAUCAUGCGUUUCCGACGGAUUACCGCCAUGGUGUUGAUACCUGUGCGGUUGAUAUGACCAAGUGGGUUAUCUGGGGGUUUGAGAAGCUGGGCUGGGCGUGGGACUUGCAUCGGGCUCGUCCAGUUGAUGUUGAUCGGUGUAGGAAGCUGCAGUUACGGAGGGGGUUGGAUUUUCGGGAGACGGAUUGGAUGGUGUUGUCGUGGGAGGGGAUUUCGAGGAGGGUUGAGCAGGGAUGUUCCCUUGUUGUUGUUGAUCGUGCUGUGUAUGAUGUUGCUGGGUUCGUGGAUGUGCAUCCUGGGGGUAGGGCGCUUCUUCAGCGGGAGAUUGGGAAAGAUGUAACUGCGUUGUUUUAUGAUGGGAGCCAUGUGCAUUCGGAAUUUGCAAGGUAUAGCUUGCAGACGAUGCAGGUUGGUGUUCUCCAGGGCAAGAAGGUUAGGUGAUACGAUAUGGAUUUGGGGUGAUGAUGACUCUAUGUCAAUAUAAUGACCUCGAAGUGUUACGCUGGCUGCACCUGGGAAAGAAAACACUGUUAUAGAAUUCCGGAUCGUAUAGCUAGCUAUAUAUAUUCACGCAGUCCCAUACAUCAUUCAACAUAGAUCCAUUCAAAUAUAUAACUCGUUCGAACAUCAAUCAUAUAAAUCCUCCCCCAAAGCCAUCUACCACGGCUGUAUAUCAAUCCCUCUUCAACAAAUACUCUCCCCCCUCCAAGCCCGAUAGACCCCAUAAAGCCCACUCACAGGCCACACCCCCCAC